CCGACCAAAGAGCUCUUACAGCCGCUAGACGGGCUGCGAAGAAGUCUUGGCUCACUCGUCACCACAGCUCGCUGUUCAGGGGUGGGCGCCUUCCGCCUCGAUGCUUCCACCCUCCCGGGCCCCCGUACAUGGCGCCUUGCCUGCAAACUGCAAGCCUCAUCACGCAUGCACGUGAGAGGACUAUGUAAGUUGCACUGAUGAACUCUUAGGACGGGAAUGUGUCAUCUAAUAUUUUGUACAAAUCCUCUCUCUGGCACGCCAUUCGGACUGGGACCACCAGGUAGCACACGACCCUGUUAACUGUCAGCCUUUUCUAUAAGGGUACGAUUCGUAUCUGAUCUCAAGUACGCAUUGUGCAGAAGCAUGGCAUAGAAACGACCCCAUUCGGUUGGUCCGCUUCGUUCCACCGCCUCUUAUUACAUAUCCCAUCAUCCUCCAUGCGGCCAGCCAUAACUGGCACACCGGGGCCCCUCAUCUCUCUCCACAUGGUGACCCUGCCUUACCGGGACCCAUCUUCAGGGCCUCGAUUCUCGGCGACCCUCUGGGACCCGCCCUCGGGGAGUUGGCAUUUCAUCUGGGUUCUAGCCUACGAAUGCACAAGGAUCUGAUGCCAUGGUUCCCAUGGCCCCGCAUAUGUAACGAUCCAGAUCUGCUGCCGCUUUCCUUCCUCCCUUUCACUUCCCUCCCUCUCACUUUGGCGAUGCUCCUGCCACAUUGUCACUCCCUAGAUAAUAACAGUACCACACAGCCAUAUGGCUGAGGUGGAUUUAUCAGAGAGCAAUGGCGGUGCUCUCGUAGUCACGUCCAUAACGCUCCUUGUUUUUACCUGGCUCUCUGUCGUUCUUAGAUGCUACGUACGAGCUUUCAUGACCAAGGGUUUCCAAAUCGAUGACUGGCUCAUGGUUGUGGCCCAGGCAAGUUUUCCCCUUCGGCAAUAUAAUCAUGGUCACAGUGUAUUGAUUGAUGCUCCAUCUCAGAUUGUUUUCACUCUCUCAUGCUCUCUCAUUCUCCUUGGCAUAAACACUGGUUUGGGCCACCACAACAAAGCCCUCGGCGAGAGGAGCGAGGUAUCGGCUCUGAUGUAUCAGGCCUUGGCUACGGCCACAUAUGUCCUCGACAUGCUCUUCAUCAAGCUGAGCAUCGGCCUUUUCCUACUGCGACUCUCCAACUCGAAGCUCUAUAACUGGAUCAUCUAUGUCAGUCUGGCUGUUGUGGCCGUUUGGAGUGUGGUGAUCUUCUUCUGGAACAUUUUCCAAUGCUCUCCGAUCGAAGCACAGUGGGAUUAUGCGAUUCCGGACUCCAAGUGCGUGUCACCGGACGCCGUCGUGGCGGCAGCCUAUUCCAUCAGUGUCAUGACCAUUCUGAGCGAUUGGCUAUAUACGAUGCUGACCUGUCUGGAGGCUCUUCUCCCCAUUCCUAUGAUUUGGAGCGUCAAGAUGACCAAGCAGGCCAAAGCGACGGUCAUUGUGAUCCUUGGACUUGGAAUAUUUGCCAGCAUUGCUACCUUGAUCCGACUCAAGUUCCUCGCCGAUCUAAGCGAUGUAACCGAUAUCCUAUUCAUGGGAACAGACGCCAUGGUCUGGACUCUCGUCGAGCCUGGAGCUGCCAUCGUCGCAUCAAGUUUAGUCACCGUGCGGCCUCUACUACGAGCAUGGAGGCUGAGCGGAUUCACAUCGACGGAUCGAACGCCGGGUAUGAGCGGUGCCAUAAGCGAGGGCUUGAGGUCAGGGACGGCACGGACGGCGCUCCGGUCGGCACCGCGGCAUGAUCCGUACGGUGUCGACGAUGGAGACACAGACCUGGAGCUCAACGGUAUGGUCAAAGAUGAGCCCAGGCCGCGGCCAACCCCCGAAAACGGAUACCCGUCGCCGUUUGCGCAGGCUGGCUUAGAGCGAACGAGGGGGCAGUUCGACCCGGACUUCAUGAAGCCGCCGACCCAGAAACGAGGCAGUCUGGCCAAAAGCGAAAUGUAUGUUAUCGAAGGGGACAAAGCGAGCGACAUCUGGCGGGGGGAUAGGAUAGGGUCUCCAAGCGCGUCCUCGGUCGACCUCGAGGGCCUCGACGGUCUCGAUGCCCAGAGCCAACACAGCGGACGUGUUGGCCUUGGGGGUCGCAGAGAUAGAUGAUGGCAGCUGAGUAAAGGUAAGGGGGGUAACGUGUCAGCACUGAAAUCACAUUUAUAUCAUGUGUUUGCGGUUUUCCCGGGCUUCGAGGAGCAUGUAGGCGGAUUUACGAGAGAGAGGCGUCAGAGCAAGAUCCCUCGCUAUGCAUGCACCCUGAGGUUUCCUGGACAAACAAAUGGCCGACCAUAGAUCACAUACCGGAAACCAAGCGGCUCGGCAGUACAGGGCAGGACAGAGUCACCUCGGAGACGGAGGGAAUGAUACUCAGGUAUGUAUCAAGGCACUUAGCAGCAUUUAUAUUGAACCGCGCCGCUCGGUUUGGCGCGUAGGCCAGUCAGAAUGGACGGGGGAUCCAAAGCCACCCACAUUUAGGCAACGCCAAUACAACUAAAACAUAUUUGAACAGCCCUAAUACGGGUCCCGGCGAUAGGCCGUCUCCGCCUCAGCGUAUGCAUCAUACGAGUAAAGAAAACCCUGGAUCUCGGGGCACGUCCAUCGCGACGGGAAGCCGGGCUGCGGCUCCUCUCCCGGCCUCAGCGACGCCAUCAUGACCUCGUCGCGGCGCUCCUGCUCUGGGCCGUCGGGCAAGUGGAAGUCGUCGCGCUGUCGGAAGGACUCCAUGACAAUACGCUGCCCGCGACCCAUGCGGAGGCGUUGGUACAUGGCCGCCGCCGCGGGGAGCUGCACAUCCUUUGUCCCGCGCCCGCCGACCUUGCCGAGGAGGUAGCCCAGCACAGCACCGUCUUCCAGGGACGAGUUUGCGCCCUGUGCGAGAUAGGGGAGCAUCGGGUGGCAGCAGUCUCCGGCCAUGAAGAAGAAACCGUCGGGGCUGGCCCAUUGGUCGAGGGGCUCAACCCAGCAGAGCUUCCACUUAUGGACGCUUUCAACCUGAUCCAGGAGCUUGCGGAGGAGGGGGUCCCAAUCGGAGAAGAGGGAGCGCAUCUCCUCGACGUCACCGAUGACCUUUGUCUCGCCCUCGGGGAGGUUGUCCGGGGAUAGCAGGCCCAGAUUGAGCAUGCGGCCUUGUUUCACAGUGUAAGACACGCCGUGGGACCGCGGGCCGAUCCAGAAGUGGACCGUUUCGGACUGUAUAAAAGCCUCGAGCUCGGCUUUGUGGGGGCCUUUGAGGGAGUCGAUCGGGAUCGCGAUCCGGAACGCCAGGUCGCCGGUGAGUGCCGGGGGCGAAGGUCGGUUAAGGAACUGGGCGCGGGUGGCUGACCACAUGCCAUCGGCGCAGACGACGACGUCGCCGGCGAUCGUGGAGCCGGGUCUGGAAGCGGAGGCGAUGGCGGUGGCGACAUCGCGGUCUUCGUGGUCGAGGGUCACGGUGGCGCGCGCAAAAUUCACGGAGCGGACGCGCGAGGAGAGCCGGAGCUCAACGCCGAGGGCGGUGCAGCGGUCAACGAGGGCACGCUGGAGCUCGACGCGGUGGAGCCCCCAAAAGGGGUGGCCGUAGCGGGACUGGAUGGUUUCCUGGAGCCGCGGCUCGUGGGCGAGGAGACGGGCGCCGUCGUAGCGGUGGACAGAGAGGGUCGAGGGACGGGUCGCGAGGACGGAGAGGGAUGGGCGCAAGCCCCAGGCGUCGAGGAGGCGGGUUGCGUUAGGUGUGAGUUGGAGGCCGGCCUGCGACAGCGAUUUUCCUUGACGGCUUCGAGGAUCGUGACGCGGUGGGAAGGGUUGGCGAGCUUGGUAGAGAGGGCCGUGGCCAGGCCUGCGAGGCCGGCGCCGAUGAUGAUGACAUGAAGAGAAUCCGAGGCGCCGGAUCCUGCUUCUUCGCUCAUGUUGGAUCAACUCGGGUCGACCAACUCAUGAAGGCAGGGUAGCGAAGUAUGGGCAGAUUGAGGUCACGAGAGCAGAGUUGGCUGAUUGUGCGAGAUGUGGUGCGCGAAGAGACGUGACAUUGCUCCUCUGACCACCACGAACUCGAAGGGACCCCACCCUUCUCCCCUUCCCGAGAGGUUGGACCGACAAGACCUGUUCCGACAGGUCUGAAGUCACAACCCACAACCACAGGUAAAAGACGCUGUUGCUGCGGCUUUGGGGGCUGGGUUCACGGAGGGUCUCAUAUGCGGAGUGUGGGGAAGACCGACGGGACGACGCCGUCUCUCAGGUUCGUCCCAAAAAGUUUUUUGGCUGCAGUCCGAGCUAAUGUCGUGUAGGGUAUCUUUCUCUUUUGUCUAUCCGCUGUCUCCCGGAAAUUUAGCGUCAAAGCCACUCGCUCUGUCUUUCCAUGUCCCCUUACCUCAUCUGGCCCCCCAGUCUACACACAGCUGUGACAUGUGUCGCCGAUGGUGACCGCCUCGUUGCACGCAUCCGCCGGAUUGGCGCGCGCUGACCAUCAACCCAUCCAGCCCCCCAGUGCCCUACUCGUCAGGAACAACAAGAUCUUCCGGGUCGACGUCCCAUUCCUCCUCAUCGCCCCAGGUGGGAGCGAGGACAAACCUGCCCAUGAUCUUGCCCAUGCCGAUGCUGUCGCCGCCGAUGAUGCCUUGCUUUGUCUUCUCAUCCGACUCUUCCACGAUCACUGCCGUGGUCAAGAAGUUCAUGCCCGCAGCUGGGCUGAGCUCCAGGGUUCGUCCGCCCCAGUCCAACUCGACUUUGCCGGACUUGCGAACCUUGAGCUUGCCCAUCAUGCCGGCUUGGGAAACAAGUUGAUUGAUGUCGGUCAAGUCAAUGUCUUUGUCCUCCUCGAUCUUGGCCUUGAUAUUCUCUUCCGACCUGGUGAGGUCAACAGGCUCGCCAGGCUGAUCCAGCAUGACAAUGUCGUCCGGCUCCGGCUUGACCUUGGGCGCAGUCGCAGGAUGCAGGGGCGGGAGUAGGGGUGGGAACUGGAAGAGGUACAAUCGGCCGUCCUUGUCCUGCACCGGCUCGGUCUCGGGUGCCUUGGAGUUCUCGUCCGGAACCGUGCCUAGUUCGCCCAACAGAAGUUGCAUGUCGUGCGUGAUCAUUUCCACCUCGGGGUCGGCCGCUGGCUUCUUCGUCUUCGGCUCAGGCGUGAUCUUCUCCUCGGCUUCGGGGGUCGAGGAUUUCACCCUGGCGUCAAAGUCGACUGGCGCUAUGUCCAUGGCGCCUGGUUCGGCUCCGGGUUCUGCCUUGACCUGGACCAUGCCUUUGGGUGCCGCAUGCCAAACCUUGGUCUCUUCCUCCACCCGAGGAGCAACGCCCAUCAAAGACUCGUUUCCGUCAACCCAUAGACUUUCUUCUGCCUUGCCUUGUUCUUCCGCCUCGAGCUCGGCCGAGGUGGCAAUGACCUUCUUCUCUUCUUUCUUGUCGAUUCGCGCAAUGCCCAUGGGCCAGAUAUUAUCGGGCUUCGAGCUGAUGAGGGCUGCUGUCGCUUCGUCGUCUGAGUCUGGCUCGCGGUCAACCGCGUAUCCGGCGAGCCUGUCGGCAUUGAUUCGGGCUUCGCGAUGACCGGAUGCCUCUCCAAACCCACCACCUUCUCUCUUGGCUCUGCCCCCUCCUCCGCCAC